AUGUCAGUUCUUUUCACAAGCAUUUCAGAGAGCAACCCCGUCAAGCCGGGCGAUGCAGAAGCCCUCCUCAAGCCCUUCGGUCUGACCAUCGACCCAGCCGAGGCACAGGAUUUCCACACCCUUCUCGCUGCAGUCCACGACUGCGCUGAAACCGUAGCUGCAUUACCAGACUAUCAACUAGUCCCCGAUCAGACUAAAUAUCCACGCGAGAAUGUACGCCGACCAAGCGAAAAAGAACAAGUUUUCGGCCAAGCAUGGGCACACCGAUUUCUUAUCCGGGGUAAUCCCCAGGGCGGGCCUCUAGCAGGUAAAUCCAUCAGUUUGAAAGAUGUCAUUGCGGUUGCCGGCGUACCGCAGCUUCUGGGAAGCGAUAUCAUUCCUUCUUGGACCCCGACUACGGAUGCGACAGUUGUAACACGAUUGCUUGAGGCGGGCGCAGAUAUCCAUGGGACGUCGACUUGUGAAAAUAUGUGCCACUCCACGUCUUCCUAUACCAGUGCCCAGGGUACGGUGGAAAAUCCAAAUGCUCAGGGUUAUUCGGCGGGCGGGAGUACCUGUGGCGGUGCAGCGCUGGUCGCCGCCGGUAUAGUGGACAUUACCAUUGGUGGUGACCAGGGUGGUAGUAUACGCGUGCCCGCAUCGUUUUGUGGAUGUGUUGGGCUUAAACCCACUCAUGGCCGCGUUCCCUUCACUGGGAUUGCUAGCGGCGAUGCCAUGAAUGACCACGCUGGCCCACUAUCCCGAACAACACUUGAGACUGCAGCAUGCUUAGAUGUUAUCAGUGGUUAUGACGGCAUCGAUGAUCGGGCUGUCGGUAGCUCAAAGCCAGGCUCUACUAGAUUCGCAGAGACUCUCCAGCAGGAUCCAAACACACUUGCCGGCUUCAAGGUCGGCAUUCUUGUUGAAGGGUUUGAGCACAGCGCGGUAGACCCAAAUGUCAAGGGCGCAGUGUUGGCUGCUACCCAAAAAUUCAAAGAUCUGGGCGCAACAAUCGAGGAAGUAUCUCUACCAGAGCAUUUGCAAGGGCCCGCGAUCUGGACUAUCCAGCAGCGAAUUGCCGGGGCGCAGACUCUUCUGGGCCAGAACACAGGCCGGAGAGGGCUUUGCAUGACUGACAUGGAGCGCGCACGGCUUCCAUGGACUGAUGAUGGCUUCCAGAGAGCGUUCCCGUCCACAAAGAACGUUAUCAUUAACGGUCUAUAUCUAAUGCAACAAUUCCCUGAUCUCUACGGAAAAACUGUCAAUGUCGGAAGACUACUCAGUGACAAGUACGAAACGCUGUUUGAGAAGUAUGAUAUUCUGGUAAUGCCUACAACGCCGGUUGUUGCCCCUCGACAUGGAAAGCGAGAACUCCCGCUGGAUUCCCUCAAGCCUAGUAUGGGUCUUACAAUCAAUACUGCCAUAUUCAACGUGACGGGUCACCCGGCACUGUCCAUACCCGUUGGGUUUGCUCCAGCAAAGGAAGAUAACCAGAUUAUGCUGCCAGUUGGGAUGCAGAUUGUUGGUGGGUUGUGGCAGGAAGAGAAGAUUCUGCGGGCUGGACAUGUUUGGGAUACUCAUUUUGACUGGAAGAAGAUGUAUUACUCUACAGAUGAGAACUAG